UAAAAUCGUCAAAAGUAAACCGAAUUUUGAAUGCAAGGUCAAUAUAAAUAAUUCAAAUCAUCAAACUCGAUUUUUCGUUCUCAAUUACCGAUAAAAUCCAAUGACACUUGGUUUUCACCGUGCAACAAAGUCGCUAUCACAUUUUUAGGUUAGAUUUCGAUCCCUUUUAACUUCUUUUGACGUAUGGAAAAUAACCCCCUUAUUAUUAUCCCCCAAUUUUGUAAAUACUUCCUGUAAAUAAAUUCAUGAAACAAUGAAGUUAUCAUGAACAGCCUAGGACUCAGUUUGAUAUUCAGGAUGGGGUGUUUGUGCUCCAAGGAAACAAUUACUGUCAAUUCAACCAAGUACAGAGUUUUGGAGCAUCUUGGAGAAGGGGGCUUCAGUACAGUUUAUCUAGUAGAAGAUAUCGACAGUCACAAGAAAUAUGCAAUUAAAAAGAUAGUUUGUCAUGGACCUGAGGACCAACAUGCAGCUGCCAAAGAGAUCGAAUGUCACUCGAUGUUAAAACACCCAAAUAUCAUUCCUCUCAUUGAUUCAGCUCAAAAUGGUCUGGCCGAUCCCCUUAUUAAUUCAACUGGGGAAGUUCUUCUGGUUCUGCCUUAUUAUCACAGAGGAACACUAGCCCACGAACUAGAGAGAAGAUCCAAGAACUCCAACUACUUCAGUCCCCUGGAGAUCCUGAACCUAUUUCUCCAAAUAUGCGAGGGUGUGAGGGCCUUUCACGAGGUAAAGCCUGAGCCCUUGGCCCACAGAGACCUCAAAACAGCGAAUAUCGUGAUUGGCGAUGGCAUGACACCAGUGAUAAUGGACCUGGGCUCUGUCGCUCCAGCUCGAGUCAAGGUCUGUGGAGCUCAGGACGCCCAAUCCCUUCAGGAUGUCGCAGCUGAGAGGUGUUCAAUGCCUUAUAGAGCACCUGAACUCUUCAAUGUCGAGAGCUACUGCAUGGUUGACGAGAGAACUGAUAUAUGGGCCCUUGGCUGUAUUUUGUAUGCCCUGUGCUAUUUUAAAUCACCUUUUGAUGCUGUUUACGAACGAGGGGACAGUGUGGCACUUGCUGUUAUAAGUGCUAACGUCAGUUUUCCAGAGAAUGCACCUUACAGUGAGGAAAUGCAGAAUUUAAUUCUGUCAAUGUUGAAGACAAAUCCCAUGGAGCGGCCCUACAUCUACAGUGUAAUCGAAAGUGUUCACGAUGCGAUAGCCAAGAUCGAGGGACGAGUCUGAUUAUUAAUAUUAAUUUUAUUAAUUUAUUAACGAUAAUAAUUGACCUGUAAAGUCGGAAUGCGUAAACGAACGAAGAAAAAAAUCAAUUCAUUAUCACGAUGCAUUAUUUUCCUGAAUUAAGUUGAAAUAUUAUUUGUUGUCAAGUAUCCAUUAAGUAUAACUUAAUUAUCAAUUAUUUUAUUAUUUUUUUUUUGUAAUUAUACGUAAUUAGGAACUAAAUUUUUCCUAGCAAUGCCGACCAAAAUAUCAAAACGUGCUAAUUUGUAGUUAGACAAUUUCAAUGUGCAACGAACACAUUUGCAUUUAAAUUUUUAACCAACUCUUUGUAAAUUCAUACCACAGAACACUGCAGUUGUCGAUGUAUAGUAUUUUAUUGAAAAAUAGAUCGAUGUAAUUUAACAUUCCUGUGAACUAUCAGUUAUAUUGUAAAGAAAUAUUUUACUAUUGAAUAGAAAUAUUGUUGAAGUAAUCAGAGAAAUUUAUACCAUCGAAAAUAAAAGAUUGAAUAUAAAGAAAU